CUUGCAACAGGAGUUCUAGGGUUCUUCUCUGUUACUGGUAAUGGUGAAAGAGAGAGUAGAAGUUUCGAUGUCUUCUUUCACUUCUAAAGGUGAAGUUUUCGCUGCUAUACUCCCCGAUGGACUCGUCAAAGUUUGGAACACGAGUGAUGGGAGUCAAUUAGCAGAAUGGAAGCAGUCAUAUGGAGAUUCUGUUGCUCAGUUUUCUUGUAUUGCAUGUAGCUUUGUGGGAAAGAAGCGCAGAAAAGAAAACAGUACUUGUUUGGUGGCACUGGGAACAGAUGAUGGUGAAGUCUUCACCAUUAAUGCCACUUCUGCAGAGUUAAAAUGGAAAUCUUCUGGACAUCAUCAUAGUAGAAUAGCUGCUAUUUCUUUUGCAAACAAAGGGCGUAAACUUUGUGCUAUAAGUACAGAUGGCACAACAUGCGAAAUGAACUCUGAAACUGGUGAACUGUUAAAAGAAAUGAAAAUCUCAAAGAAACACAUCUCUUCAUCUGUAUAUCUUUCUGAUGAUAAAAUAUUAGCUGCAUCAAAUACCAAGAUCAAAGUUCUCAACUUAGAAGAUGGAGAAGAACUAGUUAAAUUUUCCACAGAUGCCGGUCCUGUGAAUCAUAUGUUUAUGUUGGAUGAUACAAACACCAUAAUUACAUCUGUAUUUGGUGACAAGAAUCUGCACGUGUGGAAAAAUGGAUCAAGUGGACCUGUUCUAUCAAUGAGACACCCUCCUUUAGCUAUCGAAUGCAAGAAUGGCUGCAAUGAAGAUGUUUUAGUGGUACUUUCUGUUUCAGAGUCGGGUAUUGCUUAUAUCUGGAACUUGAAGAUUUCAUCCACAGAAAAUGUAGUUCCAACCAAAAUCAAAGUUGAAGGUAGUAAAUCUGAAACUGACCCAAAUGCUAGUGGAAAAAAGAAGAAAAACAAGGCUUCCAUAUUGGCUGCAAGGUUGAAUUCCAUUGAUGGUGAUGAUCGAGUUACAGUUCUUGUUGUUUAUGGCUCAAUAAACUCUCCUCAGUUCACUUUACUUGAUGUCACUAGUCCAGGGGAGGAUAUUGUCAUAGAUGAUAUUCAAGAAAAUGGUUUGAUUGAUGGAAAAGACCAAAAAGAUGUAAGGGGAAAGAAACGGGCUGCAUCUGAUGUAGAAGACUCGGUAAAACCGUAUAAAUGUCAUGGUGAUCCUAUGGAUGGGGUUCAAAUUGAUAAUGACAUUAAUGAACCAACCAUGGGAGAGAAGUUGGCUAGCUUGAAUAUAAAGAAUGAUGACGUGGCACCCAAAGAGAAACAAGAAACGAAGCCUCCUAGUGCUGACUCUGUCCAUGUACUUCUUAAACAAGCACUUCAUGCAGAUGAUCGGUCACUUCUUCUUGACUGCUUAUUUAGACAAGACGAAAAGAUUAUUUCAAACUCAGUUGCUUUCUUGAAUCCUUCAGAUGUUUUCAAGCUUCUAGAAUCUCUCAUAUCUAUGAUCCAAUCCAGGGGUACAGUAGUAGCUUGUGCCCUGCCAUGGCUUAAAAGUUUACUUCUUCAACAUGCAAGCAGCAUCAUGUCUCAAGAAUCAUCUCUCAUUGCCCUCAACUCAUUAUAUCAGCUUAUAGAAUCUCGAAUUUCAACUUUCGAUCCUGUGGUCCAACUGUCGAGUUCCCUAGACUUGCUUUACACAAAGACGGUUGAUGGAGUGGAUGAAGAAGAACGGCCAAUGGAACCUAUUAUAUUUGAAGACACGAGUGAUGAAGAAGAAGAAAAUGGUGAAGAAGCCAUGGAAACUGAUGAUGAUGAAGAAGAAGACAAUGAAGAACUUGAAGCAAUGAGUAAUGUUAGUGAUCUUGAAGGGAGUGAUGAUGGCAUGCUUGACUACUAAGUUAUAUAGAAAUUCAGAUCCGUUAUGUUCAAUGGGUUUAAUGGUUCCCUCCGAUAAAUACACAAACAGAGUCAGAAUUGAACUAUUCCUUUAUGAUUUUACGAGCUGAAGUCAUCUUUAAAAAAAUUGGCUCAUCAUACGAAGAUUGUAUUUUUCGAGACAGACUUUUUAAAUUUUUUGUUUUGCGGCUUGAAUUUGUAUAAUCAAUUUUGUAGGAUUUGUUGGUAUAGUAUGC